UCCAUCUCUUCGUUUCUUUCUUCGUAUGUAGAUUUCCCUUUUCGAUCCCUUAAAGAAAAUCUUGCGAUCUUUAUUCUCCCGCUUCUUACCGAUCAUCGAUGAUAAAUAAGAAAGAGAAACUCGCGUGAAAAAUCGGUUUCCUCCGCGGAGGAACCUUUUGGUCGCCGGCGGAAAGGGCGGCCGACCGAGGGGCGGAAUCGAGCGACGUCGCGCGAACUCCACGGAUACCGAGGAUUCCACGGGCGAAUCGUUUCGGGGAAGAAGGGAAAGCGGACGAGGAGGAAAGUGUAAGGUAUAAAAUUGGAAGAAAGACAGUGAAAUGUGGCGUGUCGCGUCGGGGUCCGGGUUUGACGAGGGGGAAGGGAAAGGGGACGGUGAGACGAAGCAGAGCGUUUCGUGGCAAGAGGUGCGCGGAGCGUUGCUCGUCAAGGCAAAGGCAUGCCACGGCGAAGCGAAGCCGAGGCAAGGAAAGGCGCGAAGGAAUAGAAGAGUUAUUUGGAAAGAGCCGCUCCGGUCCCGGUAUACCGUGCACGAAUAAACGAACGAUCGAAACGAAACACUUGUGUUUCACCGCGAACAACACACUUGUGAUUCCGUGGAAAGGCCCGCGCGACGUUUCUCCGUCCCGUUCAACAAAAUCCUCAGUGGAGCUUGCAUCACCAACGAUAUUACACCUACGUUCCGUAUAACCGCGGGCGGAUGUUGCGAUCGGCGAAAGAGGAAAGAACGACUCCGGAGCGUGUACACCUGGCUACACCGUCUCGAGACGACGUCUGCCACGAAACUAUACGAUAUCGAGACGAGAUAGCCCAGAGCGCAGAUAUUUUAUUAAUCGUUAAGCACAUAGCCGCCGUAAGAUAAUGGAAUAAUAUCGGGCAACGACGAUAAUGCUGUUUGUCGCGCGAGCGUUAAUUAUUCCAGCCAUCCGGCAGACUCCGGGGGUCGGUCGACUCGCGCGUGUCCGCUUCCUUCGUUCGUUUUUCCGUUCGCCGUGGAAAGCUCGACGGAGGAAGGCGGGAAAUAUAAGGAAUCGAAUUUCGUUCGUUCGAAAGUGGAAUCGCGAUCGAUGCCGCCGCGCCGCAUCGGUUCGCUCGUUAUUUUCCUAAUUACCACCGAAAGCGAGAGGCGUGCAACGCACGACGAACGGUGUUUGUUCGCGUUAAAGCCGAUGACGGCGGCGACGAGGAGGGACGACGAUUCGGUCGUUGUAAAUUAUUACGGACGCGAUGAAGGAGACGUUGGUGAAGCAAGAGAUCAAGCGGGAAUGGGAGAACGAUCGCGCCGAGGAGAGUUCACCUCGGAUGAUGGCGAACGAGGAACAACCGAUGUCGGAGAGUCCGCGAUCUGUGAUCACUAGCAGGAGACACGUGCGAACCAUCACCACGACCGGACACAUCACCGAGACGGUUCCCGAGUCGGAACCGAAUUCACCGGAUGGGAAUUUACAGCUUCAGUCGCAACGGGCGCGAUCGCGCGGUUACCAAGAGGAGCUUCAACAGGAUCCCGGUUGCAAGCAAACCGCGCAACAUUACGUGCAGAUCUCUCAGCAGGACGUGGACGCUCAGCAACAACAACAACGUUCCAACGAGCAACGCGUUGUUUAUUUAACGAGCAACGGCCAGGAGGUGGUGCAAGUCGAGGUACCGGAAAACGUCGAUCCAAACGCGUCAGGGAAAGAGGUAACCAGGUACGAGACCCUCGGCUCGGACAGGACCUACAAUUACUCGAACGACGAGCAACAGCAGUUGCGACGGGAGGAGCACGGGAUCGUUGUUCAGUCGCAACAAGACAGGCGACCUCAGUCGGGCGGCCAUCAGAGGUACAGUCCGCGGGAAGGUGGUCGAACGAACGGCGGAAACGAUGGGAACGAAGGAUCGGAAGCGGCAGGAACGUACCAGCAAAGUUCCCCGGUGCUGGUACCGAACAGCGAGGAAUACGAGAGCGGUCCGAUAGUGUCUCAGGCAGCUGCGGCCGCGGCGACUGUCAGUGUCCAGCUAGGUUCGCCCGCGACUCCUUACUCUCCGCCGAUCGGCGCCGACGGCAUGCGCGCCUCGGUCAAUCAGCAGCAACAGUCCACGCAACAGCAGCAACAGCAUCAUCAAUUGGUGACAGGGUACGCGGAUACCGGUGCCAAUGUGAAAUACACCGGAACGAGUAUAAAGUACGACUCGGCCGCUGCCGCAGCCGCGGCGGCAGUCGCGGCCGCCGUCGCUGGUGAUAACAUCAAAGUGUCCAGCACCUAUACUACUCUCGAAACGGUGCCGAUACCACCCUCGCCGACCGUCCAGUACCCUCAAUACAUGCCCGGUAGCGAAAGCUUCCAGCAAGGACCGACGUACACUUAUUCAAAAUCCGGCGACCAGGUGAUCCUCGCGUACCCGUCGCCCGGUCAGCUGGGCUCCCGGGUGUCAGGGGUGGAGUCCAUCGGGAACGCGUAUAUCAAGGGCGACCCGACUCUGGCCUCCUCCCUAGGGACCCCUCGCAGCGUUCCGUCUAUGCACUACGAGCAACCCGCUUCCCCCGGAUCUCAGGUAACGCUCUAUGGUAGCGCGGGCGUUUCCUACGCCUACCCGAAGCCCACCGCCUCCGGGGAUUACUGGUCCGCAGCCGGAACUCCAUCGCCGCCGACGUUCGAGUGCGUCCAGGGCUACCAGGCGGUCACCACCAUUGUCAGCGAUGCUGCCAAUGUACAGCUAUACCCAGGUAGCUAUAGUCUGUCUACCGGUGGUACAUCCACACCCUGGACGGGAUUACCUCUUGCCGGACCGGACGAGAUCUGCGACGACACGAUGAUGACCAGCGAACCGAAAGAGUGCUUCAUCUGCGCCAGCCUCACCACCAUCUGGAGGAGGGACGACGCUGGUCAUUACUUCUGUCACGGGUGUCUCUAUAGUAAAAUGAACGGAGUGUCCAGGCCGUCCAUGAGAUGCGGGAAACCGAAACAACCAGUCGCAUCGUCGGGCGUGCGAAGGACGGGGGUGCAGUGCGCGAACUGCAGGACCAGCAACACCACCCUUUGGCGGCGAAACAACAACGGCGAGCCGGUAUGCAACGCGUGCGGUCUCUACUUCAAGCUUCACAACGUAAACAGGCCGUUGAGCAUGAAGAAGGAGGGAAUACAGACGAGAAAACGGAAGCCGAAGAAUCACUCGGGAAUGAGCGGAAACUUGGCCGGGCCGAGCGGCAUGCACAAGACCGAGAUCAAGUCUGGCCUACUCGGGGAGCAGGUGCAGUUGAAAAUGUACGGUAACGGUGGUAGUGGGAACGGGGGCGGGCUUGGGGUGGUGGUCGAGACCGGGGAUCCUGGGAGCGAGUUCGGCGCCGAGGCUCGGACAGGAAUGGAGAACGGAAGCGGUUGCGUGGGUGGGAGCGGAGAACCGGAGAAUCGCUGUCCGCCCGUAGGUACACCGAUCCCCACGCAAUUGGGCCACGCGCACUCGCCCCUAGCUUUACCCACUGCCGCCGUCCUCAAUCGACAGACCAUUCUUACCGUACCACCUUUAGAGCCAACCGCUAGUCAAUCCGGCGGCGAUCUCAUCUCGGUCAUAACGUCCACCACGGCGGAGCACGCCAAGAGAACGUAAAAAGGGGAAGACGAAGGAAAGUACAACGGGACCCUGGACGAAGGAGCACUAUUUACCGACCGGCGCUAGCGUCGCGUUCCGAUUCCAAAAUCGUCGCUCACGUCGGAAUCCGUUGGACUCCUUCGAAGUUUUAUCGACCAAAGACUCAUUCUUCUUUGUUUUCGCCAGUACACAGACGGGGAAUUUUCUGUUUCAAACGGUUCUCUUAUCGAACGGAAACGAGAAACCGAUUGAUCCGCGUUUAAGUUUUAGUCGCAAUUUCGAGUACCUUUCUCUUCUGUUUAGAUCGCAUGGUAAAUGUCGCGCCAGGUACGUCAGAGUUCUAUUUUACCGACGGUAGGUGUCUUCGCUAUACCAGUUCGCCCUCUACAGGCGGAUUAAAGAAGCGCUUUAUUUUCUUCCUCUUUCCUCUCUCCUCUCUCUCACUCUCUCUCUCUCUGUCCACCUUCCUUCCUUUCUUUCCACUUUUCCUUAGAAGUGUAAGCGCGUUGAAUCGUCGUCCUGGCGCGUACCAGAAACACGCGGCGGAUAAUCCAAGGCUGCCUUCCUUUGCGUAUUAAACGAAUAUAUGUAUAUAGAAUGUAACUGAAACACGGUGCACCAGGAGCACGCGCGUACAGGUGUGUACGGAGGAUGGUGCACCUUGGUAUCGAGGUAAAAAAAUGUACGCGCGUUUCAGGAAAGCAAACGCGCAAAGUAUUUAUUUCUAGCCCUAUUAAAGAAACGCGCGCGUUCGUUAAGCGAUGUUAUCGUACGAAAGAAACAUAUUUUGUAGAGGCUUUUCUUUUUUCGGAGCUGAAUAAAACGAAUCGUCGAGCUGUUUCGAA